AUGUCCCUUCCCUCACACCCCUCCUUCCACCCCAUCGCCUUGCACCCCUCCCUCCCCUCCACCAAAUCCGCCACGACGCCCCCAACAACCGGACACACCUCCCCCCUUCCCCCCACCGCAACCACCAAAUUCCCCAACCGCGGAUGUUUAUCAAUUACCACGCCACCGUCCCGCGUAUCCGCCCGCCACACCAAUCGCGCGUGGGAAAACGGGCGAGCUGCGAGAUGCGGCAGCGUCUCCCUCAGCACCCCCCGCACACGCGCCUCCGCCUCAACCGGAAUCUGCGCCCUCGCAAACGGCACAGAAGCAUACGUAUACGUCGACGUAUUCGCCACGGGAUUGAUUGUCGAGCACAUCAAGGGGGAUUUGCUUCGCUUCACCAUCCUCGAGCGAUAUGUACGCGACCCCGCGCGCCCGCGGCACAAUCUGCGCCUCGAAAUCGAGGAGCAGGGUGGAAUACGCGCCCGCGGCUAA